ACCGCCUUUAAAUGCGGGCUGCCGGCAGGCUGGGGUCUGGCUAUUGCCGCUGCAGGUGCUCUCCGAGGCCGUAAGGCAGGAGCCGUCGGCCGCCGCCAGGAGAGCAGAUGGGGCGCAGGGGUGCAAUCCCUAAAAGCCUUGGUGUGUGCAUAUUUGAGUCAGAACUUCUUAGUGGACAUCAGGAUUUGGACUAACAAAAAUGCUGAAGGCAGCCUCUUCUUGUCUUCAGGACUUGUGUCCUGGGGCUGCGGCUGCACUGUGAUCUUUCUGCACCAAGUUGUCUCCAGCAUGGCAGAACAGAACCACUCUCCUGGAAAGGAGCUUCAGCACUGGACUCGAGCAGAGGUUCCUGGAAAAAAAAGCUGGCACUCCCAGGCCUACGCCCUUGGGGCCAUUUCCAAUUUUAUGUCUACUUUUCUGACCUUUCCUAUCUAUAAGGUUGUGUUCCGACAACAGAUCCAUGCUGUGGCAGUGUCAGAAGCUCUGCGACAGCUUUGGCAUGAAGGCCCUCAAUACUUCUACAGGGGAAUCUACCCGCCUCUUCUCUCCAAGACGUUGCAAGGCACUCUACUGUUUGGGACUUAUGAUAACCUGCUGUGCUCUCUCUCCCCUAAUGGGCCACACUCCCUGGGACACCGCUGGGCUGCAGGGCUCAUGUCUGGCGUGGUGGAGGCUGUGGCACUCAGCCCCUUUGAAAGGGUGCAAAAUGUGCUCCAGGAUGGUCGCAAGCAAGCUCGCUUCCCUAGCACCUUCAGCAUUCUCAAGGAAUUCAACUCUUAUGGGCUUUGGGGGCGGCUUUCACUGGGCUAUUAUCGUGGUUUCUGGCCUGUCCUUCUCAGGAACAGCCUGGGGAGUGCUCUGUAUUUCUCUUUCAAGGACCCCAUCCAGCAUGGCUUGGCAGAGCAAGGCCUGCCCCAUUGGGUUCCUGCCUUGGUGUCUGGGAGUGUCAAUGGAACAAUCACCUGCCUAGUUCUCUAUCCUCUGAUUGUGCUAGUUGCCAAUAUGCAGUCCCAUAUUGGUUGGCAGAGCAUGCCCAGCCUGUGGGCCUCUGCCCAGGAUGUGUGGGACACUCGGGGCCGAAAGGUGUCCCUGAUCUACCGUGGGGGCUCCCUGGUCAUUCUAAGGUCCAGCGUGACAUGGGGCCUCACUACAGCUAUCCAUGACUUCCUGCUGAGGAGGUCUCAUUCCAGGAAAGAGCUGAAAGACUGACUAGUUGCAGGAAGUGUGGCCAUGGCACCGUUGUUAUUCUAAGCCUUCCCUGGUUGGUCUAAAUACCUACUUUUUUGGCUUGGUUACCUAAUACAGUCAUUCUUUAGCAUCUUUGAACUGUCAGUCCACCACCUACCAGCCUGUUGGGCACAGACAAAGCCCAGCAGGCUUCCUUGGUCAGAAAAAGACUCCUGUCUAUCCACAGCUUCAACAGCCUCAGACCCAGGAGGCCUUUAAAUAACUUGUAACCCAGAUGAAAGGUCAUUCCCUUAAGGAAUUCUUUGACAGUAAGAAGAAAAUUUAAAAGGACCUUAAUUAGGCACUGUGAGUUCUGGGAUCCCUCUGAUUGUCCACUGGACCAAACUGAGUAGAGGACCAGGAACUCCAACUUCAAAGAACUAACCUUGACUCUUAGGAUGGGGAUUCCACAGAAAUUCUCAGAUGGCUACAUUUUCAUGACUUUGUUCACUACCCCUACUACCACUACUCUCACUUCUCAAGGUUGUGGGUCCUAGCUUCAGGGUGGCAGUUGGGGCUGAAAAUCCUAAAUUAGACUUGCCUCAACUGAUCAGGUGCCACAAGAACUGGUAGGGCUGGAGGUGGGCAUGAGGAGAGGUGUGGUCACUGGAUGGAUGGAAAGAAUAGACUUUGAGGGGAGAGAUUUAGUUGCAUGCAAAAUAGAAACAUUUACUACAGGUUGCUUAGGGUUAUCUGCUGGGACAUUUUUGAUAGUGAGGCAAUGACAUUGCCUAGAAACCAUUUGAGUUUCCCUAAGAAAUCUGGAAGUGAAAUGACCAUAUCUCUUCACAAAUCAUUGCAUAUUUUAUUGCUGUGGUUAAUUAUAGUUACUGUAACACAAAUGCAAGAUCCGAAAUCUUAGCCUGUAGUUCAGAGCCACUCAAAAUAUGAUCCCAUACCACUUUCAGCAUUUCAUCACAUCACUCCCACUUACAUAGAUUUCAUACACCAGCCAAACUGGACUAUUGUUCUCUCCCCACACAUGCCACAAACUUUCCCAUGGUCAUGCUUUGGCCCACACUAUUCUCUCCACCUGUAGUGACCCUUUUCCACAUGCCAUUCUGCCAAAAUACUUCCAAAACCUCAAAGCCCAGCUCAGAUGCCACCGUCUCUGUGGAGCCUCUUCUGAUUUCCCACAAUUGAAUGUGAUGGUAGUCUCUCAUGAUGCCCCUCUCCAAUAACACUUCGUACAUGGCGCCGAUUCCAUUAUGUCGCUGAUCUCAUGUGGCUCUAUGUUCUCGGUGUUCGUCAAUACCUCUUACUAGACUGUAAAACUCCCUGAAAGCAGGGAUUCUUGUACACAUUUUAAAUCUCCCAUUGUGCCUAGGUGCUCAGUAAUGUUGGCUGAAUUAUUGAAUUGAUUAUCAAGCUGUGAUAUGGUCUUUAUCCUCAGGGUGCUGUCCCUUGUACAUGAAGAUAAUGUCACUGACUCACUGUCAGCAAGACAUGCCUUUGGGGUGUGAUUUUGUUUUCUUUUAUUAGCGGAUUUAGUUUUGUGCUAAUGAUGAUGCUGCAGAUGAUAAUAAUAAUGAUAAUAAAAAAUAACUUUCAACUGGAACAUUUGACAAGUUUCUGUUAUUGAUGGCAUGUUUGCUAUUAGCAACACUAUAGGAACUGAAAUUUCACCAACAGAAAUGUAUUGCUUAACUGUCCUAUUCAGUUCAACUGGAAUUUUGAGGAUUUCCAAGAUGACAGUAUGUCACAAUUUCCCCCUUAUAGAUAUGAUAAUGACCUGGACUUGCACCUCCCUACCAAACCGAAUUUGUCAUUUAUUAUCUGAUUAUAGAUCCUUGUAGUGAGAAUUCCUCAAUGAAUAUCACAGAAAUUAAAGACACAGCUAUGGGUGAUAUGAGAUCAGAGAGCAUUUGCCAUCAAGGUCGAUAGAAAAUGGCUGCUACAGAAUAACUGCAGAUGAGUUCCCAUGUCUGAUCCCAUGCAACCCUAGAUGAGGUGGGGCAGUACUCUGGAUUCUUUCUUUUUCCUUUCUUUUAUAGAUUUUAUUGGGGAACAGUGUGUUUCUCCAGGGCCCAUCAGCUCCAAGUCGUCCUUCAAUCUAGUUGUGGAGGGCACAGCUCACUGGUCCAUGUGGGAAUUGAACCGGCAACCCUGUUGUUCAGAGCUCACGCUCUAACCAACUGAGCCAUCCAGCCGCCCUGGAUUCUUAAUGUGGUUAUAUUUUCUGACAUUUAAAAAUGGCGUUUGGGCUUGAGAUCAAUAAAAU